UCUUUUUGGGUUUCGCUCUCUCUAUCUCUAUUCUCCUCUCCUUUGCUGCUCCUGGCCUUCGACCUCCUUCCCUCUUUCUAUUUCUCUCUAUUUCUCUAUUUCUCUUUCCAUCUCUGUCUUCUUCCCUUUCCUCUCUUUCUCUCCCACAAGACACUCUCAGCUUCCAUUGCCCUUUCUCGCACCUCUGCCAGUUCUUCAAGUGAGUGGAGAGGAGCGGAUUCUGAACAAAAUUAUUUCUUUUGAGAGGAAGAUGGCUGGUGUUGUUAGUGAAGAGGCUGUAGGGAUGAGGUCUGUGGAGAGUUUUGCAAAUGGGCAUCACAGUCAGUCUGGAGAAGCAUUGGCUGAAUGGAGGUCUUCCGAACAAGUGGAAAAUGGAACACCAUCAACUUCACCACCAUACUGGGAUACUGAUGACGAUGAUGACGAUGCUGGACCAAAACCUUCAGAUUUGUAUGGAAAACAUACAUGGAAGAUAGAGAAAUUUUCUCAACUUAACAAACGAGAACUUCGAAGUAAUGCUUUUGAGGUUGGGGGCUACAAAUGGUACAUUUUAAUUUAUCCUCAGGGAUGUGAUGUCUGCAAUCAUCUCUCUCUGUUUCUCUGUGUGGCAAAUCAUGACAAACUCCUUCCAGGUUGGAGCCAUUUUGCACAGUUUACAAUAGCAGUGGUGAAUAAGGAUCCAAAGAAAUCAAAAUAUUCUGAUACGUUACAUCGGUUCUGGAAGAAAGAACAUGACUGGGGAUGGAAAAAGUUUAUGGAGCUUUCUAAAGUAUUAGAUGGUUUUAUUGAUGCUGACACUCUCAUAAUAAAGGCACAAGUUCAAGUGAUUAGGGAGAGAGCUGACCGGCCUUUUCGUUGUCUUGAUUGUCAGUAUAGGAGAGAACUUGUUAGGGUAUAUUUGACUAAUGUUGAGCAGAUAUGUCGGCGUUUUGUGGAAGAGAGAAGAAGCAAGCUGGGGAAGCUGAUAGAGGAUAAAGCUAGAUGGUCAAGUUUUCGGGCUUUCUGGUUGGGAAUUGACCAGAAUGCUAGGCGGCGUAUGUCUAGGGAAAAGACAGAUGCAAUACUAAAAGUUGUCGUAAAACACUUCUUUAUAGAGAAGGAGGUGACGUCUACUUUAGUAAUGGACUCAUUAUACAGUGGAUUGAAGGCUCUCGAAGGGCAUACCAAGAGUAAAAAGGGGAAAGCAAAACUAUUAGAUGCUGAAGAGAUGACAGCUCCAAUAGUUCACAUAGAGAAAGACACCUUCGUUUUAGUGGAUGAUGUUCUACUGCUGCUCGAGAGGGCUGCUGUGGAACCAUUACCACCAAAAGAUGAGAAGGGCCCUCAAAAUCGAACUAAGGAUGGUAGCUCUGGAGAAGACUUCAACAAAGAUUCCAUCGAACGUGACGAAAGGCGGCUUACAGAAUUGGGACGUAGGACAGUGGAAAUAUUUGUCCUUGCCCACAUAUUUAGCAGUAAAGUUGAAGUUGCCUAUCAGGAGGCUGUUGCAUUGAAGAGGCAAGAGGAACUCAUUCGUGAAGAAGAGGCAGCAUGGCAGGCUGAAAGUGAACAAAAAGCUAGGCGAUUAGCUUCAGAAAAGGAUAAGAAAUCAAAGAAAAAACAGGCUAAACAAAAACGAAACAACCGCAAAAGUAAGGACAAAGGGAGAGAAGAGAAGGCAAAUUUGACUGCGCUGAUCAGAGAACAAGUAAAUCCUAGAAAUGGGAAGGAGGAAGACUCCAUUGUGGAUGAGGUGCAGCCCGUGCUUGAGAAGUCCGACUUGCCCGAGGUCGUGUCUGAUGUCUCUGAUUCUGUUGAAGGUGCUAGCGAAGUACUUCAACCUGAUUCAGAGGACAGAGAUGCCAGCCCUGUCAAUUGGGACACUGACACAUCAGAAGUCCAUCCCUCUAUGGAGGCGAGUAGCAGUGGCAUUGGCAGUCUGUCCUCUGCCCAAACACCCUUAUCUGACAAGAAGAGCUUGUCUGUUAUGGAUGAUAGCUCUUCUACGUGUUCUACUGAUUCUGUUCCAUCCGUGGUAAUGAACGGCCCUUAUAAGGAGAAUUCCUUUCACAACUACAAGAAGCAGAAAUCACCAAGCAUUGGAAAGAAUCAGCAGAAGGAUGCAGCCAAUGAUCGAAACAUUUGUGCCAAUGAGAUGGAUAGUCAGUCAUCAGAGCUUACAGCUGACAUAGAGGACCGAAGUGAUGUUUGUGGUGGUAAUAAGUCUAAAGAGUCUGAUCCUAUGGCCAUUAAUCAUUCCCUCCGGGGCAAAAUAAAAAGGGUUGAACAGCAGGGAGUUAAGAAGGAAGAAAAGGUUAUUUCAUUGCCAAAAGAGCGAAGCUCUAAAAACCAGGUUGAUAUGGAAAGGAUACUUAGAGAUGCAUCAACAGCUAUGCCAUCCUCCCCUCAGAACCAGCAGGAUCAUAUGCCACCAACUGUUGAACAGAAAUCGAGCAAUCAGAGUAUUUCUGCUGUUGAUUCCAUUCAAAUUAAAGCAUCAUCGUCAACUAGCGCACAUCAGAUGGAGAAGACCGUGCCUGUAGUUACCACAUCCCAUGUUGUAAGUGCAGUAAAAGCAGAGGCUCAGAAGUCUGCAAUUCCAAAACCAACUGAAAAGGCUUCCGCACAUCAAACUCCUAUGAUGUCGAGGCCUUCUAGUGCACCUCUAAUUCCCGGUCCAAGAGCUACAGCACCUGUUGUCAAUGUGGUCCAUACAUCCCCAUUACUUGCCCGUUCAGUGAGUGCAGCUGGCCGGUUGGGUCCAGACCCUGCUCCAGCCACUCAUAGUUAUGCUCCCCAGUCCUAUAGGAACGCCAUAAUGGGCAACCAUGUAGCUCCGAGCACUGCUGGAUAUGUUCAUCUGAGCACCUCUACUUCAGGCGUCAGCCCAUCAUCUGCCUUCUCUUUGGCAUCUGCUAUGGUUUCUUCGCCCAUGUAUGUACCACACAACUCUGAGAGAUUAGAUCCAAAUACUGUCAGAUCUAGUUAUCCUUUCAGCAUGGUAACCCGAGAUGUCUUACCAAAUGGUCCCCAGUGGGUAGAGGGUUCACAGAGGGAAGCUGUUAGGAGCAGGCAUUACAAUUCAUCCAUGCUCAACGAUGUUCAAGAUUUAUACAAGAAGCCAAUUCGUGGUUCAACCCCUGAUGUCUUGUCUGCAGAAUUAUCAGCCUGUACGUCUGGUCGCCAGCUCCAAGGUUUUGCAGAGGAGUUCCCCCACCUCGAUAUAAUUAACGAUCUUCUAGAUGAUGAAAAUAUUGUUGGCAUUUCAGCCAGAGACAACUCAAUGUUCCAGUCUCUUGGGAAUGGACCUAGUCUGUUGAGCCGGCAGUUCUCACUCCCUGGUGACAUGGGGGGGAUGGCUGGUGAUAUAGGAUCCUCAACAAGCUCUUGCAGGUUUGAGCGGACACGGAGUUAUCAUGAUGGUGGUUUUCAACGGGGAUAUACCUCUUCCAUCAGUCAUUAUGAACCAGCCAUGGAUUUUAUUCCACCAUCUAGUCAACAACAACAUCUAAAUGGCCAGAUUGAUGGGUUGGUUCCAAAUUGGCGAGCAGCAGCUUCUGAUCUCUCUUUACUUGGGACGAGGACUUUAGACUUCGAUGGUUACCAAUAUCUCAAUGCAGAAUAUUCAAAUAUGGGGCAUGGGAUCAAUGGCUACAAUGUGUUUCGACCAUCAGAUGGACACUGACUAACACAAGAAAGAAGCAAACAAGGAUGAAAUUUGCCUUCCCUGCCUAGAGUUAGUGGGUAUAUCCACUGUAAUAACGUACCAGGAAGUUGUUGGGGUCUUGGAUUUGGAGUGAGGUUGUAAUCCUUCUCAUAAGAAAACAAUUUGUAAAGAGUGUCUUCUUCGCCUUCUCUUUGCUAGCCUUAAAUGCAAAAUCUAGUCGUAUCGUUGAGGUUUUGAUUAUUUCACCUUUCAGAGUAUCCUCUGCCUAUUUAGUUAUUGGUUAAAAGCAUAUUGCGUAUACGACAAUAUCCUUAUUCAUCAUCACUGCUAAAUAGAGCUUUUAAGUAUUUUUCUCUA